UACAGCUGCCUGGAACAUGUACUGGCUUACCGUUUUCGCGUCCGUGUGCUGUAUCGGAGGUGUCUUUAGCGAGAGGUAUGCCAACCUGUACGUGGAUACUGCCCUCGACAUCAUCCUCCCAAGGAGCAUCGGAGGUGCCAACGUGGCAUCGGUAACCCUACACGAAUUCAGUGUCGAAGGAAAGGCCGGUGUACUUAGAGGACAGGCGUUCGCCUUCAAACGAAGCAACGAAUGCACUGAGUCUCAUUGGAAGGAUGGAAAUAUAUAUAUGGCCUGUAAUGUGACCAUGGGAAAUCUCAUGGUGAUAUACGAGUGCGGAAACGAGACACAGAGUCUUCGAGUGAGACUCAACACCACUAUUCCAGUCCACUUCACGGAAAAGCCAGGUUUCAAACCAGCGGUUGACGCACAACUUCCAGAAGUCUACGACUUCCUCGUGUCACACGAAGUUGCCAACCCUGGACUCUGCUGGAACGACAUAAUUGCAACGACUGCUAGGAACGCCACUUUCGCCGUUUUUACUCGUGACUUGUGGCCUGUCGUUGUGUAUGCUUUUCAGAGCAUUUACCUGCCAUACCCCGGCAUGUGACGCGCAUCAGCUGCCUUUUGGACAGCGGACAAUAAGUCCCUAAAAUACAAUGCAAAAAACAGUGGCAAACUUGAAUGCUAAUGAAGUUCGCUGAAGACAUUUUAUCGCAGAAUAAAUUCGAUCAACACA